UUUGAAGAAUAGAAGGAUGACAGACGUUUUCGAAAGUGACCCUUUUGAACAAAUGCCCCGUUGAUAGACGAGAAGUGGGGUAGGGCAACUCAGACGGAUGUUGGGCGUUGGCGGUCCAGCAAUACGUGAUCCGUUAAGGUGAAAGAGCGGGAAGCUGCUCUCAGUGUGUCUGAGACUCUGAAGCCCCCUGUUAGGGUUAACGCCAAAUGGCCUUCUCAACGCCAUCCCUCUUAUCUUCCUGCUCUGCUUAUAGACUUAAUCCUCUUCUCUUCUCUCAUCGCCGUCUCAGAAUUAGGCUUUCUCAUUCUCACUUGAAACCUAGAUUUUUUGCUGUUGCUGCAAGAGAGAAUGACGUCUUUACUUCACCAGAGACAGCAAAGCCCUUUGAUUUUACUUCAGAAGAAAGGAUAUAUAAUUGGUGGGACUCUCAAGGAUAUUUUAAGCCAAAUUUGGACCGGGGAAGUGAUCCUUUUGUUAUUUCGAUGCCUCCUCCUAAUGUUACUGGUUCACUGCACAUGGGGCAUGCGAUGUUUGUGACUCUGGAGGAUAUCAUGGUUAGAUACCAUCGGAUGAAGGGAAGACCUACACUCUGGAUUCCCGGGACUGAUCAUGCUGGUAUUGCGACUCAGUUGGUUGUGGAAAGAAUGCUUGCAUCUGAAGGAAUAAAAAGGGCUGAAUUGAGUAGAGAUGAGUUCACAAAGCGAGUUUGGGAGUGGAAAGAGAAGUACGGUGGAACCAUUACAAAUCAGAUUAAGAGACUCGGGGCUUCCUGUGAUUGGACAAGGGAACACUUUACCCUUGAUGAGCAGCUAAGUCGGGCUGUAAUUGAGGCCUUUGUUAGGCUUCAUGAGAGAGGCUUAAUUUAUCAAGGGUCUUACAUGGUCAACUGGUCUCCUAAUCUACAGACUGCAGUUUCAGAUUUGGAAGUUGAAUAUUCUGAAGAACCUGGUACUCUCUAUUAUAUUAAGUAUCGCGUUGCUGGAGGUUCAAAGAGUGACUAUUUGACAAUAGCUACAACACGCCCGGAGACUUUAUUUGGAGAUACCGCCAUUGCAGUACAUCCUCAGGAUGAUCGCUAUUCUAGGUAUAUUGGUAGGAUGGCAAUUGUGCCGAUGACAUUUGGCCGUCAUGUUCCUAUUAUUUCUGACAGGUAUGUUGAUAAAGACUUUGGAACUGGUGUGCUGAAGAUAAUCCCUGGUCAUGAUCAUAACGACUACCUUCUUGCUAGAAAACUUGGUCUCCCAAUACUUAAUGUGAUGAAUAAGGAUGGGACACUUAAUGAGGUUGCUGGACUGUACUGUGGCUUUGAUCGGUUUGAGGCACGGAAGAAACUGUGGUUAGAUCUUGAGGAGACAGGUUUGGCUGUUAAAAAGGAGCCUCACACAUUACGAGUUCCCAGAUCCCAGCGUGGUGGAGAAGUAAUAGAGCCUCUAGUGAGUAAGCAGUGGUUUGUAACUAUGGAGCCAUUAGCUGAGAAGGCUCUUCAAGCAGUUCAAAGAGGAGAAUUAACCAUUAUGCCUGAAAGAUUUGAGAAGAUUUAUAAUCACUGGCUAUCAAAUAUUAAGGAUUGGUGUAUAAGCAGACAACUAUGGUGGGGACAUCGCAUACCAGUUUGGUAUAUUGUUGGAAAAGACUGUGAAGAAGAAUAUAUAGUUGCUAGGAAUGCCAACGAAGCUCUUGAGAAGGCUCAAGAGAAGUAUGGAAAAGAUGUGGAAAUUUAUCAGGAACCAGAUGUUCUUGAUACUUGGUUUUCAAGUGCGUUGUGGCCUUUCAGUACUCUUGGAUGGCCAGAUGUGUCUACACAGGAUUUUAAGAAGUUUUAUCCGACUACAGUGCUUGAAACUGGGCAUGAUAUAUUGUUCUUUUGGGUGGCAAGGAUGGUCAUGAUGGGAAUUGAGUUCACAGGGGCUGUUCCUUUUUCUUAUGUUUAUCUACAUGGACUUAUCCGGGACUCACAGGGAAGAAAAAUGUCUAAGACAUUAGGAAACGUAAUAGAUCCAAUUGAUACAAUCAAGGAGUUUGGCACUGAUGCUUUACGAUUUACCCUUGCUUUAGGAACCGCUGGUCAGGACCUUAAUCUAUCCACUGAGAGAUUGACCUCUAACAAGGCCUUCACUAACAAACUAUGGAAUGCUGGGAAGUUUGUGUUGCAAAAUUUGCCUAGUCAAAGUGAUAUCUCUGCUUGGGAAACUAUACUGGCUUGUAAGUUUGAUAAAGAGGAGGCCCUACUCAGGUUACCUUUACCAGAAUGUUGGGUGGUCUCGAAACUUCAUUGUCUCAUUGACAUGGUCACCACUAGCUAUGACAAAUAUUUCUUUGGAGAUGUAGGAAGAGAAACAUAUGAUUUCUUUUGGGGUGAUUUUGCUGAUUGGUAUAUUGAAGCCAGUAAAGCUCGCCUUUAUCACUCUGGAGGUCAUUCAGUUGCUCAGGCAGUUCUUUUAUAUGUUUUUGAAAACAUACUUAAAAUGCUACAUCCAUUCAUGCCGUUUGUAACCGAGGCAUUAUGGCAGGCACUUCCCAAUCGAAAAGAAGCUCUUAUGAAUUCUUCUUGGCCCCAGACUUCAUUGCCAAUGCAUGCAAGCUCAAUAAAAAAGUUUGAAAAUUUACAAUCUUUGACUAGAGCAAUCCGAAAUGCUCGAGCAGAAUACUCUGUUGAACCAGCAAAGCGAAUAUCUGCAUCUAUAGUUGCAGGCAAUGAAGUCAUCCAGUAUAUUUCUAAAGAGAAGGAAGUUUUAGCUCUUCUCUCCAGGCUAGAUUUGCAAAACAUCCAUUUUACUGAUUCUCCUCCAGGAGAUGCAAAUCAAUCGGUCCACCUUGUUGCUGGUGAAGGUCUAGAGGCAUAUCUCCCUCUCUCUGAUAUGAUAGAUGUUUCUGCUGAAGUUGAGCGACUUUCCAAGCGCCUUUCAAAGAUGCAAGAAGAGUUUGACAGGCUUGCAGCUCGCCUUAGCUCUCCUAAAUUUGUAGAGAAAGCUCCUGAAGAAAUUGUUAGUGGGGUUCGAGAAAAGGCAGCAGAAGCUGAAGAGAAGAUAACUCUCACCAAAAACCGUCUAGCUUUCCUCCAAUCAACAGCUGUGGUCUCAAAAUAGUUAACCAAAUGGCUCUCCAUCAUGUUUUCCUUGAAAUCCCAAAGUUUAUUUUAUUUUAUUUUAUUUUUGUUCCCAUUCCUUUGGAUUUGUCUCAACUGCCAGAUCAAUGCACCAUUCUUGGUACUCGCCCAUGGUUUAAUAAUGCAAAUUUUGGAUCUUGUGCAUUGUAACCAUGGGCUAUGAACCAGUAUGCUGAGAGGGCGGAUAGUGCAAUAAGAUGAGGCCAAUAAAUAUAUCAUGAAAUCUGCAUCAAAUCGCUGCUGGCUUGUAGUUGUUGCUUCAGUGGACCCCAAGUAGUAAUUAAUCGUAUACACACAGGUUGGCUUCUCUUGUAGCCCAAAGCUGCCAACAGAAGGUGUGGGAAUAUUGAUGUACAAUUUACUUAUAUAUAACUCAGCAGCAUUUCGUGUAUGAACUUUGAUCUGCCUCCGCCCACAAUUGAUUUUUUAUACAUGACCUUAUUCUCCUGUAAAAUUCCAUGAUAAUUUAAUUCAAUUCCACAUGUAUCAUCGUUAGAUACCAAGCAUUAAAGUCAACGAAUUGAUCUCUGUAGUCUGAACCAGUCAAACUCACCGGCAGCUGUAAAGUGAGAAUCUUACUCAUCUUUUGACUGUUGAAACUUGUGUAAUAAAACCUAUUUGAGGGUUUUAGCACAUUUGAGAUAUUUGUUUUGUUUAGGACAACAAUGCCAUUUUACUUUUGUUCAGUGAUUUAACUUCGCCUCAAACUCCCAAAAGAUUUGUCAAUGACAUCGUAGGUUACAAGGUGAUUUUCCUUUUGACAAACUGAGAUUCAAUCUGAUUUUAAUAGUGGCUCUGAGCUCAUGGCAUCCAUCCACAUUCUCCAAUUCCCUUUAUGUCUAAUUCAAAUUUUGUUUGAAAAUGUUGGAAUUUUUCAAGUUAACUACGACUAGUCCAAAUACUUUCCAAGAUUAGCUGAUUUUGAAGAGAUUAGUAGUCGGUCUUAUUAUUAGUGCAACACCCAAACUAGAUGUAUGAUAGUAUCACUACUUCAUCCUUCAAUUCCAUAACCAUUUUCUCCAGCGGGCCUUGCUCCCUGCCCAAAUAUGGAGUGACUUGGUUUGGGGAGUGGUGCCUGGAUAUAAAUGGUGAGAAAAUUCUUGUGAUUUUUAUUUUUUUCCUAAUUUUGCACACGCUAAUUUGUAUGAUCAUACAAGGUUGAGUCCAUCUGAUCAUUGCUCAUAGCCUCAUAGGCUCAAAGGAUUUGGCCUCAAUUUUAGUGUCGUUAUGAGAUACCAACCCAAGGAUGUAAUAUGACAUAAAAGCCCACAGGGCAUGUAGGGAUAACUUGUAGUUCCACAUAGGCGGAAAGCAUCCACUACUCCUUUGAUGCUGAAAAGGCCAAUCAAUCCUCUGCACGCACACAAAUGCAGAGAGAGUAGCAUGUGCAUGUCAGCCAGAAGAGCGCACACAGGAUGUUAGGCAGCAGGGGAAAAUAAAAAUUAAAAAUUAAAAAAACAUAAGUUAAGCAGCUUUUUACUCGGGACUCCAGUUUUCCCCUUCUUUUAGGGAUAAACAAACCUUGUUUCGAACAUUACGUCACUUGUUCAUUAGCAGUCUCCCAGUCUUGAAUAACCAUUUUUGUACACCUUUAGACAGCAAUUUGUGAGUGAAAAAUCCAAUGCAUUCCAUGCGCAUUUGUUCAAGGUAAUGAAGAUAUGAUGUACAGGGCAAAGAAUCUAAUUGAGUGUGGAACUCAGCUGAAUAGAACACAACUAGCUAGGAUUAACUUAAAAUGAUAACCACUUGAUAUGGAUGAAAAAUAAAAGGGCAUACUAAUACUAAAAUGUAAUCCAGUAUUCAUGCUACAGCUUAGGACAACCAGGAAACUAAAAACUUGAUUUUAGUCCUAGUAUCUACAGAAAUGUGUAGAACCCUUACCUUAAGCUAUGGGUCUAGCCAGAGGAUGGUGCUAAAAACAUAUCCCCAAAACCUCACAGCCAGAAUCAGAAUUAGUAUGUGGCCAACAAGAACAUCCUCUGCAACGAUUGUAGGAUGUGUAUAUUGUAGAACACCAUCUCUUCAGUACCAUAAUCAUAGGAAUGCUAACAAGCACACCUCUAGCCUCGGAACUACUCCAUUAAGAGUUUCAAGUCAUAUCACUGGCAAGUAAAUGUGCAAACAUCAAUGAAGCUCCAGCAAUAUAACUUGGCAGAGACAUGAAAGGAAUAGAAUGUAGAGCCAACAGUGAGUGUUGCUCUGGUGAACAUUGUAGCAGUAAAGACAUGACCUGCUAGCAGAAUAACUCUAGAAGGGGACUGAUCAAAAAAGUUUGGUUGAAUAUAGGAAAAUAGGAACUUCAUAUAAUGAAAAUUCAUAAUUCUAUAUAAUACAAAAGUAAAUUAGUAAAUGCAAGUAUAUUGGGGACAGGGUGGGAUAUUUUCUGGGUUGACAGUUGCCACGCCCCUUGUACUUACAUUAGCUCUUUCCUUUUUCAGGUGUUGUAGAUGUUGCACCAUUGUCAACUGUGAAUCAGGACAUUUUUAUGGAUGAACCAUAUAGGAGCAGCUAGGCUUCAAUCCUCUAGAAACCAUUUCAUUGUGAAGUUGUGAAGCCCUCAAUUCAUCUCCCUUCUCAAAGUAGCUGCUGAUCAAUGUUUCAUAAACACAGGUGCUUAUAGCAAUGGACCGAUCUUUCAUUAUUCUCAGAUACUUCUCUGCUUUCUCUAACUUCCGACAUUGGCAUAGACUUCUGAUUAAUGAUUCAAAAGCCAAUAAUCCAGGAGACAAUGACCUGUAUUCCAUUUCAUAAUACAGUUUGAGAACUUGUUGAAUCUCACCUAGUUUUCCAUAACUAGCAAUGAGAUUAGAAUAUGUGAUCUCAUCAGGUACAAAUCCUUUAUCUAGCAAAAGAGUUAACAUCUCAUCAGCCCUCUUCACAACCCCAGACUCACAAAGCUUUCCAGCCAUCAGAUUGAAGGCCCAACAACUAGGAACAAGUCCCCUCUGCAUCAUCCUCUCACAUAAUCUUAGGCCUUCUUCCAAUCUUCCUGCUUUGGAGCAUCCUGCAAUGAGAAGAUUAAAUGUUUCAUCAUACGGCAUCAGACCUGCAUUUUCCAUAUCUUGCAUCAAUUCAUUUGCUUCUUCAAUCCUCCCCUCUACACAAUGAGAUCCUAUGAACAAAGUAUAUACAAAAGCAUUUGGAUGAAAUCCUCUAUUCAGCAUUUCUUCAUAUACCUCCCAUGCAGAGUCUAAGGUUCCAUACUUAACUUUAGCAUAAGCAAUCAAAGAAUAAGAGAUUGUAUCAAGAAUCAUAUUCUUCUGCAACAAUCUCUUCAAUAUCAACAUUCCUUGUUCAACUCUUCCCUCCUCCAACAUCCUAAAAAUCAUACAGGUAUUAACAAUCACUAUUGGGGAGCAUCUCUUCCCAUGGAUUCUAUCUAGCAUGUCCACAAAUUUUUGCAAUGCCCCUUCUUUGCACAAUGCACUAAUCAUCACACUAACUGACACUUCAUUUGGGUAUUUUCUCACUCGGAUCAUAUGCUCAUAGAUCUUCCAAACCAGAGGGUAGUUAUCAGAUUUUUGAACAACAUGCAACAAAGUGUUGAAACUGAUGAGACUUAAAGAAAAGCCAUGCUCCUCCAAAUAACAACAAACAUCAAAACAAAUCUCAAACAUCCUCAACUUAGAAUAAGACUGUACCAAUAAAUCAAACACACGUGGGUUGGACCCAGUAAUAUUAUAACUACUGAGUAACGAAUCCACCACCAAAAAUCUUGACCCUGCAUUCUUUUUAAGUGUUGAUUCAAGCAAAGAUUGAGCAUCCAUGAGCAGUUGGGCUCCAACAAGAAUAUGGAUCGUGAUGCAAUAAGAGGCAAGCCCAUGUUCCAAAUUCUUGCACUGAGCUGACCAGUGAAAAAACCCCAAAGCCUGUUUUGCAUCUAUCGGUUUCUUCAAUUCUAGCAAAACCCUACCAACAAAUGAUUCAGUCAACUCAAGUGAGCCAAAUCUUUGAUUCAAUGCAUCCCAAUUCAAGCCUCUUCUCAAUGAAUCACAUAACAUGUUGACUUUAGAAUUGCUAUUUGUUUCACCCAAUGUUAAUUGAGGAACGUGAAGAUGUAUGGUACGGGUGGGAUUGUUGGUGGAUAUAGAAAUUAAAGACGGAAUCACUCGACGCAAGAGAGCCAUGCCCAUUCACAGAUCAACCCAUUAUCAUUUGUUUGAGACCCAAUCCAAACCUGCGAAACUAGCAUGGCCGUUCAAAGAGAAACCCUAGAAUUCAAAACUUCCAGCAAUAACAUUCCCAAUUUAUAAAGCACUCAGUGAAACUCGAGCCCCGCGUUUGGUCACCAAGAAAAUGAAGGAAAAAAAAAAAGAAAAAGAUUUCUAUGCCCUUUCUGAGUUUGUUUGAUGCCAAAAAUCCAAAAAAAAAAAGAA